CUCCUCCCACCAACACCUUGAUUUUAGAUUCGAGGAACCAGUAAAUGGCAGUCGCCCUGACAGUGAGAGCAGUGCAUGUCCCUCUGAAAAAAUUCCUACCAAAAUCAACAAGAAAUAACAACCUCAACUACGGGAAGAAGAAGAUGAUGCCAAUCGUUUCUUCCUUCCCCAUCAGGACGGAGCAGAACGUUAAUAACAGAAAGCUUCCUAUACUCCUUUUUGACAUCAUGGACACCAUUGUUCGCGACCCAUUUUACCAUGACGUUGCUCCUUUCUUCGGAAUGUCUUUCGAGAAAUUAAUAGAAUCCAAGCACCCAACUGCUUGGAUUGAAUUUGAAGAGGGGAGGGUUGAUGAGAUGGAGUUGGCAGGAAAAUUCUUCAAAGACAAAAGAUCUUUUGAUUUAGAAGGCCUCAAAAACUGUAUGAGGAGAGGAUAUUCCUAUAUAGAUGGUAUUGAAGAGCUGCUUUGCAAUUUAAAAGAAAAUAACUAUGAGAUGCAUGCUUUUACAAAUUAUCCUGUCUGGUACAGACUGAUUGAAGAGAAGCUAAAUAUAUCAACAUAUUUAUCUUGGACAUUUUGUUCUUGUAUGAUUGGAAAGAGGAAGCCUGAUCCUGAUUUCUAUCUGGAAGUCAUAAGACAUCUUAAAGUUGAGCCAACAAGCUGCAUUUUUAUUGAUGACAGGUUGAGAAAUGUAAAAGCUGCAAUUGAAAUUGGCAUUAAUGGCCUGCAAUUCAAGAAUGCAAAGUUGCUGCGUCAAGAUUUGUCUAAGAUGGGGGUUGAUAUAUCAACAGAUGACGGCGAUACAAAUCAUCAGUCGGAGCUUAAAGAAGAAAACACAUCUUGAUUUCUUGGUCCCCUCGUGAAGUUAGAAUUUUCUUCAAUUUUUUUUCAUUUACUUUCCUAAAAAAAAUUAUUUUCUCACAUCUUGAUAUCUUGGUCCACUCAUAAAAUAAAUUUUCUUCAAUUCUUUUUCAUUUACUUUUUUUAAUUUUAUUUUCUGUGAUAUCUUGUUGCUGGAAAUUGAGAAUGUGAAGAGUUGAGAACCUCUUCUCUCGGAU